AUCUCUAAAAUCUUUCCAACAAUUUCUUCUUUAUAUUUUCAAAUCCUCUAAAUUUAAAAUUUUCUAAUAAGCUACUGUUCACACUUUAUAUCUCACAAAUGAGAAAAAAAUUCUGAUGACGUCACCCUUCUCCGGCGUCGUUAUCUUCCCCGCCGUUAUUUCACUGUUGACAUCUAUUUUCCUUCCAUUUUCUAACGCCCUCGGUAGUUCUGCCACUACUCUCUCCGUCGUCUACGGCGGCGCUACCACCAACACCACCACUAUCUGCGGCAUUAUAGCAUCUCAACCAAUCCAAAAAAUCUACUGCUGGUCGGAAAAUCAACCAGCAGCCACCCAAAUAUCGCCGGAGGUAUCGUUCACCUCCAUCGCCGGUGGACUUAAUGGCUUCGCCGGUAUCGAAGCCGGUGGAAUUUCACUUCUCUAUUGGAACUCAAAAUUUGAAGUCAAAAGGCUCUUUAUAAGUUACUCUACCUUGUUAACGAGUGUUACAAUGGGCGAUACUCAAAUUUGCGCUUUAAUAAAUGGUACACAAACCAUUAGAUGUUGGAGAGAUCACACAGAACAACCCCCUCCGUUGGCUCAGUUCAUGUCUAUUUCAUCCGGGUUAGGAUUUUCAUGCGGGAUAUUGAAGAGUUUUAGCAGGGUUAUAUGCUGGGGAAAUAAUAGCGAAAUUGCUGAAGCUAUUCAGUAUGGUUUCGAGAAUAUUACAGUGGUGAAUAUAUUUGUUGGAGGGAAACACGCUUGUGCGAUGAAUACUUCGGGUUUCGUAAUUUGCAGAGGAGAUAAUGGAAAUGGUCAAUUAGAUAUUCCAUCAAGUUUUGCUUACGAGUAUUAUGGAUUAGCUCUAGGUGAAAAACAUACUUGUGGUAUUCGUAAAACGAAUUAUACAGUUGUUUGUUCAGGUGGGAAUGGUACAUUUUCGAGUAAUGUAACAAAAGGGUUUUCGUUUGAAGCGAUCGUUGCUGGUUUAGAUUUUACUUGUGGAUUAACUAGUGAUAAUUUUUCUGUUGUUUGUUGGGGACCUGGUUGGACUAGCAAUUUGUAUCCUUCAGGUACUGAGCUUCCUUUACCAAUGAUUCUUCCAGGUCCAUGUGUUCGGGAUACAUGUGUUUGUGGAAUAUAUCCUCAAUCGGAGACGUUGUGUUCUGGCAAUGGUAAUGUUUGUAGGCCUUGUGAUUUUUUGGAUCGAGUAGAAUCACCACCGCCACCAGCAUUACCACCGGCGUUUAUGAUGGUGCCGUCGGCACCAUCUAAAGGAAUGAGGAAGGGAUUGUUAGCUUUUGUUAUUGUUGGAUCAGUUGGGGCUGUUGCGGGGUUUUGUACAAUUGUUUAUUGUAUAUGGACUGGUGUUUGUUUUGGGAAGAAGAAAAUUCAUAAUUCCGUUCAACCUACUAUUAGUACUAGUAAUAAUGCUGCUCAACAAUGUUAUAAUAGUGGUCAAGUUUCAAGAUCAUCGACUCUUAGGCGUCAAGGGUCGAGGCUAAUGAGGCGUCAAAGGAGUGGAACUUCAUCUAUACAUGGUGAUAGGGCUGAGCAGUUCCUGUUUUUGGAGCUUGUUGCAGCUACGGAUAAUUUCUCUUUGAAGAACAAGAUUGGUGCUGGGAGCUUUGGGAUUGUUUACAAGGGAAAAUUAGCUGAUGGGCGUGAGGUUGCAAUUAAGCGUGGUGAAACAAGUCCGAAGAUGAAGAAAUUCCUAGAGAAAGAGAGGGCCUUUGAAUCAGAAUUGGCUUUCUUGUCCCGACUACAUCACAAACACUUGGUUGGAUUAGUUGGUUAUUGUGAAGAAAUGGAUGAAAGACUCUUGGUUUAUGAGUUCAUGAAGAAUGGGGCGCUUUAUGAUCAUUUACAUGAUAAGAACAACGUGGAGAAGAGUAGUAGUGUAGUGAAUUCUUGGAAAAUGAGGAUCAAGAUUGCAUUAGAUGCUGCUCGUGGCAUCGAAUACCUUCACAAUUAUGCAGUUCCACCUAUAAUUCACCGGGACAUUAAGUCAUCCAACAUCUUGAUCGAUGCAAAUUGGAUCGCAAGAGUGUCAGAUUUUGGAUUGUCGUUAUUGUGGCCGGAGACUGAUGCCAGCUUCAGUCAGCCAAUGAGGGCAGCGGGCACAGUUGGGUAUAUCGAUCCAGAGUACUAUGGCCUAAAUGUCUUGACAGCAAAGAGUGAUGUCUAUGGACUUGGGGUAGUAUUGUUAGAACUUUUGACAGGAAAAAGAGCCCUAUUCAAGACUAGUGAAAAGGGGGAUAUGCCAAUGACUCUUGUGGAAUUUGCGGUACCAGCAAUUAUGGCUGGAGAAUUGAACAAGAUUUUGGAUCCCAGAGUUGGGUCGCCAGAGUUGAGGGAAGCAGAGGGAGUAGAAUUGGUUGCGUAUACUGCAAUGCAUUGUGUGCACUUGGAAGGAAAACAUAGACCUACCAUGACUGAUAUUGUUUCUAAUUUAGAGAGAGCAUUGGCUGUAUGUGAUGAUAGCCAUGACAGCAUCUCAAGUAGUCCACCCUUCAUUAUUUCAGAUUGACAUUCCACGCAUAUCUCCGCGACAGAUUUUCACUGCUGUCACUAGACGAUAAGUUCUGGUGGUUAGAAUCGUAGUAUUCGUGUAACAAUUGUUGUUAAACUGUAAAGAGUAGAUUGUUUAGUAGUGUCUCCAAGUGAUUAGUAAAUUAUUGAUAGCUUGGAGUGAAAUUCUUUUCAUUCCUAGAGGGAUCAAUCUUUUCCACUCCUUUAGCUUCUUCUUGAUAGGACUAACUGACUUGUGGUCAUUGUUCUUUUGUGUACAGGUACUUAAUGCACAAAAAUCCAAUUGUUGAAUUGGCAAUUCACUAGUAUUAAGAUGAGGGAAAAUUUGAGAAAUAGCAAGUAUGUAACUUCUUUAGUAACAGUUUUAAAAUUAUAAAAAUUAGCAAUAUGUAUUUUGUAUUUCA